AUGGCAAAUGUACAGGGUAAGAAAGCCUUGCAGUCCCUGGGAUUGCCUUUUAUUGUGAUUAUUUGUGCGUUAAAUGAUACUUUUCCCAUUUUCCCGCAAAGCACCGUUGCCUUGCGGAUUGUUGAAAAUAUUGCACCCGGCUUUCGUUUACCGCUGGAGACCGCUCUCGAUACGGACGUGGGGACAAAUGCAGUCACUUCGUACGUUAUCAGCCCUAAUGAACACUUCAGUCUGAAAGUGGAGAACGCAGAAGAAGGCAUUAAAAUUGCAGAGCUAUUGUUGGAGAAACUCCUGGACCGCGAGAGGCAGGCAUCUUUUCAGCCGAAGUUGACGGCCGUUGACGGAGGAAAGCCACGGAAAUCUGGGACAACUCAGGUUGUAAUGAGUGUGCUGGACAGCAACGAUAACGCGCCGAUUUUCGAUCGGAAGAUAUACGAAGCCAGCCUGCCAGAAAACACGUCUAAGGGAUCCCCAGUGGUUACUGUGCACGCUUCGGAUGCAGAUAUAGGCUUAAACACAGAGGUAACUUACUCUUUCAGCAAUCGUGACUCAAGGAAAGUGCAGGAAUUGUUCCUUUUGUAUCCGCGGACGGGAGUAAUUAGAUUAUUAGGAGAUCUGGACUUCGAAGAGGCAAACAGUUACACAGUUGGUGUUCAGGCUGUGGACAGAGGUUCACCAGCCAUUGCAGGGCAUUCUAAAGUCCUAAUCAGGAUAACUGAUGUCAAUGAUAACGACCCGCAAAUAGAAGUAAACCUGGUGACGACAAAUGUCACAGAGACUGCCGCGCGCGGGACAGUAAUCGCAAUGAUCAAUGUGAAUGAUCGAGAUUCUGGGGUGAACGGAGAAGUUCACUGCAAGAUUCCACCACGUAUUCCGUUUAAGUAG